CAGCACCGCGCAUUUAGCUGCCAACCACCUAGGCAAUCCCACGAUCAAGCUCUCGUCUAGCAGUAUUUAUCGAGGGCAACCCGCAAACUUCAUCGACUAGUUCAUCAUGCUCAUUUGGAGUAACUAUUAAGCGCCCCGUCUCCCCGCUGCACCGUGGAUCGGACACGAACCGCACACCCACCAUCCGACCGUCAAGCCCAGAGAUUAACAAUGGACGCCUCGCCACUCGGAUCUCCGUCUAGGCAACCCGUCCUAGAACCCGCAUCACCACCCUCUACUCGGGAUUUCGCGCGAAAUGCCUCGUUCAUCCCAUCUGGGAUUGUGACUCCCACCCCGAGCGCUCGAACCGAUAUCCCGCUGCUGCCAACCAACUACCCAAUCCCACCUGUGCCCACCAUGAAUGAGAAAUACUCACCGAAGCCAAUAUGGCUGCGGGUGCUCAGGAAAGUCAACGAGUUAUUGCUGGGGAAGGAAAAGGCAUCGGUGUAUUGGUAUGCGAGUCUUAUGUCGGUCCUCGCCGCACUGGUCGUUACAGGCUCGAGCAUUUUUGGCUGGCCACCCUUGCCCAUUUGGGAAUACCUCCGACAUGCGACGGGCUGAGGGGAAGAGGGCUGUCUGACACAGGGAUUGGGAUGGAGAACACCGCAUCCAGGUCAUGGGGCUUGAAUCAAGCCUGUCACUUCCGAAUGGGUUGAGGUGAAGAACCUGCUCGUCAGGGUAUCACGGCGGUGUGAGGGCGGUCGUUCCACAGGAUGCAUGUUGUAGUAUAUGUACGACCAACAAAGUCAAACCCCAACUAUGCACUCGCUGCCUUUCAGCAGCAAGAUGGCAGUCGACGCUCCGGCUUAAUCGUGAUCAGAUUGUUAU